AUGUCUUCGCCUAUAAUAUCUAUCGAUGAUAAUGACUUUAAUAUCACUAAUGAUGAUACUAUAGAUGUUACUAUAGAUGCAACCAGUCCUUUAUUACCAUCCACUUUUAAUAGUAAUACAAAACUUUCAUCAACAUAUCGUUGGGUGAUCUUAUUAGGUUUUUCUUUGCUUACAUUUGCUUCGGCAUGUUUAUGGAUAACAUUCGCACCAUGUUUAUACAUUUUCAUGUCUUAUUUUUCUCAAACACCUUCGGGUAUAAACUCUUUAUCUUCAAUUUACAUGAUAACGUACCCAAUUUUAUUGAUUCCUUCUAUAAAAUUGUUUAAUAAGUAUGGAAUAAAAUUUGGUGUAAUCUUUGGACAGACUAUAGCAGCGAUUGCACAACUUUUUAUGUUAGGUAUACCUCCAAAAUUAGCGAAUAUUUGGUUUUCAGAAUUUGGUGAACAGAAUUUUGCAACUUCUGUUGGUAUUACGGCUAAUAGUGCUGGAGCUGCUGCUGGAUUUUUAUUAUCUCCGUGGAUGAUUAAAGAAAAGACGGCAAAUCGCGAUAUACCAAAUUACCUUUUGCAACAAUUUGUUUUUUGUGUAGCGAUUUAUUUGUUUUUGAUAUUUACUUUUAAGUCUUCACCGUAUACACACAGCAAUAAGAGAGCCGAGUCAUUAUCAAUAACUAAGCUAUCCAAUUCUAAUAUCAGCUACUAUUUGAGUGAUAAAUUGUUCAUGUUAUUAACAACAUCUUACGGGGUUGUCACCGGUGGUCUAUAUGCUUUAAGCACUUUAUUGUCUCAAAUGAUAUUACCUGUAUUUAAGCAAUUUGACGAGCAAUUGGAAUAUAUCUUGAUCGCACGUUGGCUUUUAAAUCAUCGUGUCGGUGGUUGUAUGUCGGGGUCAUUAUUUCUUUAG